UUUCCAUUCCACCCCGGGCACAGUGUACAGUGUACUACCCCGUCUUACACCGAUUCAGAAACAGCUGCAUAACCCCGGAAGGAGCCCGCAUUCCCUCCUAUCCGCUACCUACCAUGCCACGCGUCACCAUAUCCAUCAGCGGCCCCAACCGAGACGCCGAGAAUCAUCAGGACCUGCUGACCUUGGACCUGCCACCGGGCCUCACCGUAAAGGAUCUCAAGGCCUUCGUCGAGGCCGAAACCACCUUCCCCGUCGAUACCCAGCGAUUCUUCCUCAAUGGUCAGGCCCUGGGAAACGAUGCGCAUACGCUCGAGGAUGCCGGCAUCAAGGAUGGUGAGAUGCUCGCCCUGCUCAUCCGCCGCCCGCCGCAAGGGCCGUCCCGAGAGACGCCAAACCAGAUCGGCGGAGGCAGUAACAGCACCUCAACCGCGAACCCAGUCGGUCGACCCGACCCCGAAGCUAUAAGACAAAGCAUCUUGAGCAACCCCGGCGCCCAGGCGGCGCUUCGCCAUCAGUCACCUGAGCUGUUUGCCGCUCUCAACGACCGGGACCGCUGGCGAAACCAGUACUUGGAAAUGGCGCGCUUGGAACAGGAGCGCGACCGCGAACGCGAUGUCCAAUACGCUCUCUUGAAUGAGGACCCCUUCAACCCCGAGGCACAGCAGAAGAUUGAGGACUUGAUCCGCCGCGACCGCAUCGCCGAGAAUCUCCAGCACGCGUACGAGCACAAUCCCGAGUGUCGUCUUCAGCCAAGUGCACAUGCUGUACGUGAAUGCCGAAGUGAAUGGGCACCCAAUCAAGGCAUUCGUCGAUUCGGGCGCCCAGAGCACCAUCAUGUCCCCUAGCGCCGCUGAAAAGUGCGGCAUCAUGAGAUUGAUGGAUACACGCUUUGGUGGCAUUGCCAAGGGCGUCGGGACAGCCCGUAUCCUCGGCCGCGUCCACCAUGCAGAGAUCAGGAUUGGUGGUGCCGUCAUGCCUUGCGCGUUUACCGUCAUGGAGGGUAAGGACGUCGAACUGCUGUUCGGCCUGGACAUGCUUAGACGGUACAAAAUGAAGAUCGAUUUGGAGAAGAACGCCCUUUGCUUCGAAAAUAUCGAGGUGCCCUUCCUGGCGGAGCAUGACAUACCAAAGGCCCUGGUGGAC